GCGAGUGCCCCGGCGAGGAUGCUGCUUAGGACCCUGUUCUGCGGAUGCAUGGGCAGGGACAAGGAGGACGUCAUUCCGGACGAGCGGGCGCGGUUGUUGGGCGGGAUGGGCGUAGACGCGGGCGGGGGUGGGAGCCAGGGCGUCGGUGCGUCUGUCGUCGACGAGCAGAAGCUGCGCCAGACGAUGGAGGGCAUCGUGCGCAGCGCCAGCAGCAAAAUGGUGAACGUGUACGCCCGCAAGCCGUUCACGCUCACCGCCAUCGUGACGCCGCUGCCCAGCCGGCCGGCCAGCCCCGACAUCCCGCAGUCCGCGCGCCAACGGCAGCCUGAGUGCGCCACGUGCCACGCCGAGUCCGAGCCCGCCGAUGCCGACGCGCCCCCCGGCCCGUCCCCGCGGCACCGCAGGAACACGUACACGGUCCUGACGAUCGCGCCCGCGCAGACCGCGCUGCGCUGGGAGGACGCGCACGCGCACGCGGCGGACGCGGAUCCGCUGGCCGACAUGCACCCGAUCUCGCUGCUGGCGCAGUGGCCGCCGGGCCGCGCGUCCCGCUCGUCGUCGCUGCGCCGCCACGCGCGCGGGCCGAGCUGCGGGUCCGAGUUCGUGCGCGGCGCGCCGGCGCCCCCGGGCAGCCCGCUGCCGCGCGCGGGGUUCGAUGGGGUGCCCGACGCGGAGGAGGAGGAGGACGAUGGCAGCGAUGGCGAGCGUGUGGCACUCGACGGCGGGGUGCAGGAGGCGGGACAGGCGGGGCAGGAGGGGGAUCUGGGAUGCGUGUGUCGCGAGACACAACAGACGCCGCCGAUGGAGGAGGACGCCAACGCGCUGCGCCUGGUGUAUUCCUGGCCGCGUGACACUGCAGAGUAG